AUGUGGCAGCUGUGUUGGCCUGAGGAGCAUAUGCAGUCACUCAUAAAUUACAUACAUUGGAGUCAUGGCCAUUAUGAAGCACAGAAAUUCUUAGAGGUGUUAAAAGACUACGUCUUAUUCAGUAAUAUGGAUCGUAGACUUAAGAAACAGCUGGAUGAAUGUGACAAGCGCCAAGAAGCUAAGCACAGUAUUGUUGCCAGUCAAGACUCAAAUACAGGAAAAUUACCUGGACAAGUACCUGAGAAAAAGCAACUUAUGCGAGCUGUUAUGCAUCUCACACAUGAGCUAAAAGGACAAACUGUCACAUGUGACAAUGUCUUCACAUCACGUGCAUUAGACCAAGGUCUUUUCAAAAAACAUCUUACAAUGCUGGGGACGGUGAGAAAAAUUAAGCCUGAACUCCACAAUAAUACGAGGGUCGUUCAAUAG